AUGGCCUCCUUCGCCUACGAUCAUGAGGCGGAGUUUUGGGGCGCGUUAAUCAAUCCCGACAAGAGUCCUUCUCCUCUGCUUGAACAGUUGUGUUUGGGAAUUGCCCAGGUGAUAACCUCGUUUGACAACUAUGCGAUCCCCGAUCUCACCCCAGAGCGCCUGGCUGCGUUCUACCGAAAAGUUGGCGGCAACUACGAUGUCCUGUUCCUUGAUACCAAGCCCUCCGCCCUCUCCUUCAUUUACCAGCGCCUCGGUUGCUUCCACAGCAUACAGCCCACCGCCGAUCCGUACAAGCCUCCCUCGAUCCCCGCCCUGCAGCCUCACGGUUUCGUGCGAUGGCAGACGAUCCAGAUCUUGUUAGACCCCGACGAGCAUGUUUCCUAUCUCCAGAAUGCCGUUGAACGGUGGGACAUCUUCAGCCCUAAUGGAACCGUGUUUCCUAAGUCGAUUCCCCGCGAGGCAUUCCCCGCAGAACCAGACCCAGAGAUGAUCCAGUGGCACGAGACUGUCAGCCAGAAGUUCGAGUUCGACUACUGGAAAAAGAAGCGUAUUUACUCGCCUCCUUCAACAUUCGGUACAUACCAGAACCAAUUCAGCAGUCCAAAGGAGAGCCCAACGUCAAGUAAGGAAGAGGAGUUCGUUCAGAGCCACCACCCGAGAUCGUCCUCGUCUAGUUACCGUUACUCAGUCCCCGCCGACCCACAAACGUCCCGUCGCCAUCAGAGACGCCAGAGUGCUGAAGUCCCUCCGAGCAAUCUGCACAAGCCACAGGCCAGCCAGCCUCGUCGCUCGGCCGAAUUCGCACCGAACGGCUACGGUUCGCCUCGCGCUCCAUCGCCUCCAGCAUGGCCAAAGCAUGCAUCGUCAAAAAGCCGGGGCCGCGAACGCAAGACCUACUCUCGCCCCGUUAGCCCUGAUCAAAUCCAUGGGCAUAGUUCUUCAGAUGCAUCAUCAGAAGAUUCCGGCACCGCAACAGGAGAACCAGCUUCGCCUUCCCCACGACACGAUUACCACCGGAACCUCUCCCCGCCAUACGCGCCAAACACCCGUCGGCACUCGCACGAAGCAUACUCGCGCAGACCGCGGGAGGCCUCACCCGAGCCCCAGAGACGUUAUGCCUACCGCGACGCAUACAACUCCGGCUCCAACAGGAUGUACGACUCCGAUAGUGGGCGCGGGCCGCGACAGCCCCGUGGAUACAUCGACGAAGUGCGCCAGUCGCGAACGCCAGUGCCUGAUCCUGGUCCUGGCCAUUCGGGAUAUCGCGAUCCCGUAUACGGAGGGUCCUCCACCGUCCCAACAAGCCCAGUCUAUGGACACGCUCAUCCUGUACACCCCGGUCAUCCGCGAUUCGUCAAUGUAGGUAGCCCUGGGUACAUGGUGCACCCGCAAUCCGAGCUCGACGCAAAUGUCAUGGACGAUCCAAGACGGAGUAGUUAUCGCGGCGGCAGUCUGACCCCGAACCCGAGCGGGAGCACGACAUAUGGGCGGCCACGAUUCGCUUCUGUUGGGGACUUUCAGCCGCCGCGGUGGGCAAGUAUGCAUGCGCCUGGACCUGGACCUCCGCCUGGACUCGGGUCUGGACCUGUUAAUGGUGGACGGGGGGUUCCUCCUGGGAUGAUUGAAGCUGAUUACGGCAGACGGUCGACCAUUUAUGACCGAUGA